GUAUCCGCAACCAUCUGUGACUCCUGGGAUGAUGGUGAUGAUGCUACCUUUCCCAGAUCUAAAACUGCUAUCACUUGGAUUCCUUUCUCAAAUCUUCUUCCUCAAAUCUCCGUCGUCCCUAAUUUUAACCAAUGCCGCUCCAAUUUUCUUUUCACUUUGAUCUCAGCUGAGAGAGCUAGGGUUUCUCCGAUGGAGUCCGAACUCAAAGACCUCGAUCCCAGGUCCAACACCCAGGAUGUCUCCUCCAAAGACGAUCGCCCUCUCCUCAAAUCCGACUCCACCGUCGUGUCCCCGGACAACUUGCAGGAACUCGAGAAGAAAUUUGCUGCGUACGUUCGAAGCGACGCCUACGGCCCCAUGGGAUGCGGCGAGCUCCCACUGAAGGAGAAGCUUCUCCUCGCGUUCGCCCUCGUAACGCUAGUGCCCAUUCGUUUGGUGGUUGCCUUCACUAUCUUGGUCGUUUACUACUUGAUUUGUCGGGUGUGUACCCUAUUUUCUGCUCCCAAUCGUGAAGGCGAGGACGAGCAGGAGGAUUAUGCGCACAUGGGUGGGUGGAGAAGGGCUGUGAUUGUUCAGUGUGGCAGGUUUCUUUCUAGGGCUCUGCUUUUCACGCUGGGGUUUUAUUGGAUUAAUGUAACCUACAGGGAUCCGUUGACGACUGAGGACGAGGGCAAAGAUGAAGAUGAAGAACCUGAAAGACCCGGGGCAAUAAUAUCUAACCAUGUGUCUUACUUGGAUAUUUUGUAUCACAUGUCUUCUUCCUUUCCGAGCUUUGUUGCUAAGAGAUCAGUGGCUAAACUUCCUCUAAUUGGUCUCAUCAGCAAGUGCCUUGGUUGUGUUUAUGUCCAGCGGGAGUCAAAAUCAUCUGACUUUAAGGGUGUUGCAGGUGUUGUAACUGAAAGAGUUUGUGAAGCUCAUCAAAAUAAAUUUGCCCCAAUGAUGAUGCUUUUUCCAGAAGGCACAACCACAAAUGGGGGUUUCCUCCUUCCAUUCAAGACAGGUGCAUUUUUAGCAAAAGCCCCUGUGCUUCCUGUGAUUCUAAGAUAUCCUUACCAGAGAUUUAGUCCUGCCUGGGACUCCAUAUCUGGGGUGCGCCAUGUGAUAUUUCUUUUCUGUCAAUUUGUAAAUCACAUCGAAGUAACAAGGUUACCUGUAUACAUCCCGUCGCAGCAGGAGAAGGAUGAUCCAAAAUUGUAUGCUAAUAAUGUCCGAAAGUUGAUGGCUAGUGAGGGUAAUCUAAUACUGUCAGAUAUUGGACUUGCUGAGAAGCGAAUAUAUCAUGCUGCUCUCAAUGGUUUGUUUUGCCAACGCUAAUUGGGACACACCAUCUGUAUAUAUUCAUUGUAUGAUUCUAUUAUUUUUUGCUGAAAAAAAGGUUUACAAAUAUAUAAUAGGUAUCAUGUUCAGAAGAAGCAUUUUUGUUGUCCCACGAGUUUUGUAUUUCUCCAAAUUUUGGAAUAUCACCAUGAAGCUUUUGUGCCAAUCUUGAAGGGGUUAGCCCUUUUGAAAGGGAUCCAGAAAAAAUUGCCAUUCAGUUAUGAGGUGGUUGGGAUAAGGUCCAGCUGCUAUUGCUGCAUGCAAUUGAAUGUAAUAUCAAAAGAAAGAUUAUGUUGUGAUUCUUGGUUGCCAAGUGGCAUUCAUGUCUGUUUCUUGAAUGGUGUUUAUGACCAGUUGCUUUUACGCUUUUCUUUUUUAA